CAAGCACCACCCUUAGGGCAUCACAAGCACUUAGCAGUCCAGAGCUCCAGAUCAGCUAUUUGAUCAUUUGAUCUGUGCUUAGUGAUCACUCGGCAGCAAUGGCAGGCAAGGCAUCAAUCGCGUUGUUCCUCGCCGUGAACUUGGUCGUGUUCUCCCUGGCAAGCGCGUGCGGGGGAAACUGCCCGACCCCGUCCACGCCCACUCCAUCGACGCCCACCCCGACCCCGGCCCCGCUCGGCAGGUGCCCACGCGACGCGCUGAAGGUGGGCGCGUGUGUCAACGCGCUGAACCUGAUCAAGGUCCAGGUGGGCAGGCCGACCGCGUUGCCGUGCUGCCCGCUGCUGGAUGGGCUCGUCGACCUCGAGGCGGCCCUGUGCCUCUGCACGGUGAUCAAGGCCAAUGUCCUCAACAUCGUCCAGCUCAACCUCCCCAUCAACCUCAGCGUCAUCCUCAACCACUGCGGCAAGAAAGUGCCCACCGGAUUCAUGUGCUAAGCGAUCAGCAAGGUGUGUCAUGCUGCCCACGCAUGCGUUGGCUGCAUGCGGCCAUUCGGAUUAGUGGUGCGAGAGGGGCAAUAUUCUGCUUGAUCAGUCCGGUUACGCUGUUUGUUUGGUUUUGCUAGUUGACGUACGUGCUAGCCACAAGUCUGCAUAUGCAUGCAUGCUACGGAGAGUACGUAUGUAGACGGUUUAGUCAUUUUUAUUGUUGUUGUUAUUAAUCUCUUUCUUUCAUUCUUUCUUUCUUGGCGAGUUCUUUCAUGGCUUAUGACUUGUGUUCGUUUUGUACUAUCUGCAUGAUGAAUAAAGUUUAUUUCUACUA